CAUUAAAUGUAAAUAAACGUGUGUUGAUGAUAAUAGCUAUUUAUUUCGUUCGCGACGUGCACGUGUUGUAAGUUUUACGUUAAUUGCCAGCUUAAAAAGUGUUGUUUACCGUUCGAUUUAUGAUAUGAUGAGCGUUCAGGACCCACCUAACAUGUCCGGCUUCGAUGAGGACCACCAGGACUCGGCCGCUCACCGCAAACUGCUCGCCGGUAUCAACAGUCUGGUGAGAACGCAGGAUAUCCCGAAAGUGCUUCGUACUGAACCAUCGCUCCAGAAGUCCGAGUUCCAUCUGGUAAAAGGGCGAGUUGAUGAGGAUGGUCGUGAGAUCGGUCACCACAACAUUGCUGUGGGUGAUCUGCUGGGUAUUCUGAAGAAAACUGCUCAACAUACAAAGCUGGGGAAGGAGCUGAGUCAGAUUGUGAAAAAGAAGGGCAAAACGCUUCCGAAGCCGCUGGAGAAACCGGUUGCGGAUCGGAUAGCAAGAGAUACGCUGUACGGAAGAACACAGAAGGAACUGAACCUGUGGGAUGCGGUCGUGACGGCUGGGGAAGUAGCUCCGCAAACGGUGUUUCCACUGCAGUAUGGGAAGGUGGAUGUAAUUGAUCGGGCUCCGCAAAAAUUGUCCCAGUGUAGGGUAAAGUCGGAUUUGAUGAAAGCAAUGGAGGAGCUGGACAAAAAAUAUCAGAACCCAGAGUCCGAAGAUGAGGUGCAGGAGAAUACGUACGCUUUGACUUUGGAGGAAAUGAGGCAAAAGCGUAAGGAUGCAGCUCGACAGAAGAUGAGAGAGUUGUAUAAAAUUUCCAAAGGUCGUAGGAUGAAUAAAAUCAAAAGUAAAAAGUAUCAUAAAUUGCUAAAGCGGGACAAAGUUCGGUCGCAGAUUAAGCAGUUUGAAGAGUUGCAAAAAACGGAUCCGGAGGCGGCUCUAAAGCAAUUGGAAGCUAUAGAAAAGCACAGAUAUAAGGAACGAGUUACUUUGCGACAUAAAAAUACGGGGACAUGGGCAAAAAAUAUGCAGAUCCGAGCGAAGUACGAUAUGAACGUAAGGCAGGAACUGAGCGAGCAGUUAUCCAUCGGAAAGGAGCUGAUGGGAAAGCGAAUGGUAGAGGAAGACGAAUCGUCCGAGUCGGGACAGGAGGAUGUUAUUGAAGAAGAUGACCGAGAUGGUAAUCCGUGGGUUAGAAAAGCAGCUGGCCCACACGAAGAGGAAGCGAAUCGGGAAUUUACCAGUGGUUAUCGGAAAUAUUGGCAGGAGCGAAACGAAGCGCAGGAAAAGUUGAAACGGCUGCGGGAAGGCGGAUCAGGCGACGAUGUAGGGGAAUCGGUUGAUGAAUCUGAAAAGGAGGCGUCGGAAUCGGAUUCAGAGGAUGAAAGGCAGUUGGAAAUGUUCAAGAGCAAGGUUAAAAAAUCAAAGGCAAUCUCCACGUCCGACUGGGUGGAGGAAGACAUAACCCCACCAGUAGUCGCCAGCAAAAAGAAAGGCACCCAUCACAAGAUAAACGUCGAAGAAAUAUUUAACGAUGCUGAUGAGCUUUUGCAGCGUCAAGUGGAAAAGAAACUGGCAAAUGUUCGUGAGCUGCUGAAAUCCGAGUCACGAAAUCCACAAACUGCUCGAAGAAACAUCCGGAAUAAGGACAAGUCGUCUAGUUUGGCUUUCAAAAAGAAGGCAACGUUGGCGGACGCUGACAUUGAACUGGAUGAGUCCGUCGGAAAAGGUGCUAAUCCAGUGGACAAGGCAAAAAUUACCCAAACUUUCCACGACCCGCCGGUUGUCAGUUCAACAGCCAUUAUCGACCCGCAAAACUUUGUAAAAAUGAAACCAAAGCAUUUACUGAAUGCGAUUCCGGAUCUAAGUACCGCCGGGGAUGGCCUGUCCGACGACGAAGAUGUACGUCUGAAACAAAAACUAACCAUUGCUGAAGCUUUCGAGGAUGAUGACAUCGUGGUGGACUUUGAACGGGACAAACAAGAGGAACAGGAUCGAAGCCAGCCGAAAGCAGUAGAUCUGUUUCUACCGGGUUGGGGUUCCUGGGUUGGGCCCGGUAUUGAUCAAAACAAAAUUAGAAAAAACCGUCGAAAGCUGUUCAAACCCGUGCCAAAGCUACCGCGGAGGGAUGACAACAAAGAGAGGGUUAUUGUAAACGAGGAUGGCGUUAGUAAAAAAUUGACAACUCAUCUGGUCAACGAACUGCCGUUCCCGUUCGUGACCGUUAAGGAUUAUGAAGCUUCGUUGCGGGCACCGGUGGGCAGGACGUUUAUUCCGGAAACGGCACACUCGACGCUGGUGGAACCGCGCGUCGUCACGAAGAUUGGUGCCGUGAUAGAGCCGAUUAAGAAAUCGAUUCUGUUGCAGGAUCCGGCGGCUAGUUUUAAGGUUGGCGGAAAGCUGUUCAACAAGGCGGUUCAAAAAUACGAGGAAUUUUUGGCCAAGGACGAGCUUGAAGCUUGAAAGUUUAAAGUUAUUUAUUGAAAUAUAUUGCCUGUCAUGUAAAAAUAGUAGAAAA